CCGCCCGUGCGGCGGCGGCGGCGGCGGCGGCGGCGGCGGCGGCGGGGAUGGGGCGAUGGCGCGGGCGGGCGGCGCGGCCCCGCGGGAGCUGUCCCUGGAGGAGGUGCUGAAGUGCUACGAGCAGCCGCUGAACGAGGAGCAGGCCUGGGCGCUCUGCUUCCAGUCCUGCCGCGCCGCCGCCGCCGCCGCCGCCGCCGCCGCCGCCCCGCUCCGCCCCGCCGACAUCCUCCUCCGCGGAGACGGCACCGUCGCUCUCCCCGCGCCGCCGCCCGAGCUGCCCCCGCUGCUGACGCCCUCCGCCGAAGCCCAGAUGGUGCAGUCGUUGGGCUUUGCCAUUUACCGGGCGCUGGACUGGGGGCUGGAUGAGAAUGAGGAGCGGGAGCUGAGCCCGCGGCUGGAGCAGCUCAUCGACCUGAUGACCAACAGCGACUCGGAGGACAGCGGCUGCGCCACAGCCGACGAGGGCUACGGGGGGCAGGAGGAGGAGGAGGAGGGGGGCGAGGGGCCGCCGCGCGCCGUGCGCACCUUCGGGCAGGCCAUGCGGUGCUGUGCCGCUCGCCUGGCCGACCCCGCCGAGGCCCAGGCACACUACCAGGCCGUUUGCCGGGCGCUCUUCGCCGAGACGGUGGAGCUGAAAGCCUUCCUCGCCAAGAUCCGCGAUGCCAAGGAGAUGCUGCAGAAGCUGAAGGAGGAUGAGGAGGCAGAGGAGCGGCCGGCGGCGGAGCUGGGCAGCCUGCGCAACACCGACUGGGCCCGGCUGUGGGUGCAGCUGAUGCGGGAGCUGCGGCACGGCGUGAAGCUGAAGAAGGUGCAGGAGAAGCAGUUCGACCCCCUGCCCACCGAGUACCAGCUCACCCCCUUCGAGAUGCUCAUGCAGGACAUCCGCGCCCGCAACUACAAACUCCGCAAGGUCAUGGUGGAUGGAGACAUCCCUCCCCGGGUGAAGAAGGAUGCCCACGAGCUCAUCCUUGACUUCAUCCGCUCCCGGCCCCCGCUGAAGCAGGCAUCGGAGCGGCGGCUGCGGCCCCUGCCCCAGAAGCAGAGGACGCUCCACGAGAAGAUCCUGGAGGAGAUCAGGCAGGAGAGGAAGCUUCGGCCCGUGGAAAUGUCAUACCGUGGCCAAAAAGGGUACAGCUCCCUGCCCUGCAUCCCCCACGCCUGCUCGGGCCGCCUGGCCUCCAGCUCCUGCCUCGAGCUCUCCCGAACCCCGGCGAGCACCGCGCCGGCGCGCCCGCGGCCCCGCGUCCUGCUCAAGGCACCCACCCUGGCCGAGAUGGAGGAGAUGAACGUCUCCGAGGAGGAGGACUCUCCGGGCACGGAGGUGCCGCUGAAGCGGGACCGCUCCUUCUCGGAGCAGGACCUGGCGCAGCUGCAAAGCCAACUGGGGGGCGGCCAGGCUGCACCCCAAGAGCCGGAGCCGCUGCAGCCCGAGCCCCGGCCCCGCUCAGGCUCCGUCCCCGCCAGCUGCCACCCGCUGCCGGAUGGCUCAGCACCACCCCGGGCUGCCCUCAGCGCCGUGGAGGAGAGGCCAGAGGAUGGAUCCGGCGCUGCCCCCAGCACCAGUUCCAAGCACCUCUGGCUGGAAUUCAGCCACCCCGUGGAGAGCCUGGCCCUCACCGUGGAGGAGAUGAUCAACGUGCGCCGGGUGCUGGUCAAGGCCGAGAUGGAGAAGUUCCUGCAGAGCAAGGAGCUGUACAGCAGCCUGCGGAAGGGGAAGGUCUGCUGCUGCUGCAGGGCCAAGUUCCCCCUCUUCUCCUGGCCGGCGGCGUGCCUCUUCUGCAAGCGGUCUGUCUGCAGCUCCUGCAGCCUGAAGAUGAAGAUGCCUUCCAAGAAGCUGGCUCACAUCCCCGUCUACGCGCUGGGCUUCGAGAGCCUGCCGGGCUCGCUGCUGGCCAAAGCCCUGCCGCUGUGGAGGAGGGAGACCUUCCACUCGCUCCCGGGCACGUGCUGGCGUCGGGUGGAAGAGGAGUUCCCCCACAUCUACGCCCAGGGCUCCGUCCUGCGCGACGUCUGCAGCGACUGCGCCGGCUUCGUCACCGACGUCGUCCGCUCCAGCCGCCGCAGCGUGGCCGUCCUCAACGCCGCGCCCCGCCGCGCCGCCAAGGCCCGUUCCCUCUACGGCGACUCCUGGCACAAGUGAGGGUCCCGGGGCCGGGGUGGGGGGGCGGGGGUCCCAGCGCAGACCCCGCUGGCGGCCGCCCCGAUGUACAUAUAUACAUAGGAUGUAUACAUACAGCCUCUAUAUUUAUAUACCUUACGGACCAGGGGGAGGCGAGGACCGGCGGCACAGCGGGGUGCCUGCUGGCCCCUCCUGUCCCCGCCACUGGCUGGCACAGGCGCCCCCCCGGGGGGACGGAUCCUGCCGUGGGGUGCCCCCAGCCCCCAGCCUUCGCCCCCCGCCCCCAGCUCCGCUUCCGUGCCAAGCCGGCCAUGCCGGGGUGCCCAGUGCCCGUGGGCUGGCACGGCCGCUCUGUACAUCCCCCCACCCCGGCUAAUAAACCCGCUGGGCUGCC